AUGGAUUUUGAUAGAAAGCAUAUAUUGUUAAACGUAUUCAGUAAUUUGAAUAUAGACUUUGAUUAGCCAAUAUCAGAGAAUGUAAUAUAUAAAUUUCUUGAUGAAAAAUCACAUGGUACUUUUGACAACUCGAUCACUUUAUAAUUAUAUUAAUAAGUUAUACAAAAUUAUUAAAAACUUACAAUCAAUAAUUUUAUAAAUAUUUAUUAGUAAACAGAAACCAUUCUCGAAAUAAAAGUAGAAUAGAAAUUUAAAACUUAACAAUCACAAAUAAAUACUCUUUAAGAGCAUUUCUUAAUAUUACAAAAUAGGAAUAAUUAGGAAUAAUUAAAUAAGUAUAGAAUCAUGAAGAUAGUAUUUUAUUCAAAUUCAUGCAGUUGUUAAUAAACUUAGUCUAUCAAUGAAAGUAUUUUUUUUAAUUUCAAGUUCAACAAUAAGUCUUUAAACUCAUUCUCAAAAUGAAUUAGACUGGAAUGGUUCCUAUGAAUUUUAAUAUAUUAUAAUUUAUAAGUCCGAUUGAAAAUGGAUCUGAAAUUAUAAAUGAAUUUGUAAAAGCAUAUUAAGGAAAUAAAAUAAUUGAUAUUGGUUAAGCUACUUAUGCAGUUUAAUAAUUCAAUAGCUAAGCUUAUAUUAAUGUGGAAGUUAAACUUUAAUGCAUAGAACCUUAUUCUAGAAUUUUAAUUUUAUUGGGUUUAUGGAUCUUUUCAAAAGUAAACUUUUUCUAUUAUAAAAGACUAAAUAUUUUAGUGAACUUAUAUCACAGUUAGAAAAAUAAAUUUCAUAAUUAAAAGAUGAUUUAACAGAUUAUGAAAACCCUUAAAGCAAUAUUUCCAAAUAGUUUAAUUUCAAACUCUCAUGCUAAUUAUAAUAUUUAUUAAUUAAGUCUAGAGAAAAGCAAAUAGAUAAUAUAGUAAAUACUGAAGAUAAAACAUUAAAUAAAUAUCUAGUUGCUAUUAUGGCUUUGUUAAUUACAAUAUCAUCUCUUAAUAAAUGUUGUUAUUUAGAUGUAAAUCCAUAUUUUAUAUAGAUUUUAAUAAUACUAGUAUAUUUAAAAUAUUUUUAAAAUCAGACAUUAGAUGCCAAGUUGAUGAAAUUAAUCUCAAUUACAACAUUUAUAUCCUUUGCUGUAUGGAUAGAAUAUAUGUUGUGGUAUAUAAAAGCUUAUAUAAAAAGAUAAUUUCAGUCUCUUUGAUCUCAAAUAGAUACACCUGAUAUUGGUAUAUAAAAAAUAAUGACAGAAAUCCUGUUAUUUAUUACAAAAUUACAUUUUUCAUUUCAUUUUGCUUAUUUAUUAAAACAAGCCUUUGAAAUCAUUCCUGAAUUUUAAGUUAAAAAAGAUGAAAAUGAACUUUCAGGAUUUUAGCUAUAAGAAUAAUAAAAUAUAAGUAGAAAUGAAAGUUUAUUCUUCUAUUAACAAUAAAAAUGA